CAUAAAACAAGGGAGAUCAUUCUAUUCUAACAAAAUGGCGUGUACCCUGUCAUUCAAUCGGUGCACGUUGUGUUUCGCCACUAUUAGAUCGAUGCGUAUACUGCCAAUAUCAUUAAGGAAAAUACAGACACAAUCUCCGGCAUCGACAAAUGAAGAGACAGCGGAUAUUGUCAUUUCGGGUGGCGGCAUGGUUGGAACUGCCAUGGCAUGUGCACUUGGGCAUGAAGAGCUGCUAAAAGACAAGAAGAUUGUGUUGUUGGAAGCUGCAGCAAAGAAAAGCUACAAUGUGCCUGAGACAUUCAGUAACAGAACAUGUGCCAUAAGUCCUUCAUCUGUAGACUUGCUUAGCAGUGUAGGUGCUUGGCAGGAAGUAGAACAAAUGCGAUGUCACCCUGUGAAGAGAAUGCAGGUUUGGGAUUCCUGUUCAGAUUCCUUGAUUGCAUUCAGCAAAGAGAAUCUCCUUGACGACUUGGCCUACAUUGCUGAAAAUGAUGUUAUAGAAGAAGCCCUGAGAAGACGUUUGGAAGCAGUGUCAGAUCGUGUAGAUGUGAGAUACCAGACAUCAGCCAAGUCCUUUAUCAUCCCAGGGGUUACACCAGGGCAUUCUGAAACCCACCAGAAUUCCUGGGUAACUGUUGGGUUACAGGACAACAGUGUACUGAAAACUAAACUUCUGAUUGGUGCUGAUGGUAUAUUUUCUGCAGUACGUAAAGCUGGUGAAUUUCACACCUUACAGAGGGAUUACAAUCAGACAGCAGUGGUAGCCACUCUUCAAGUGGAUGAGUCCAUUGAUAAUUCUGUCGCCUGGCAACGGUUUUUGCCUACUGGUCCUAUUGCCAUGCUGCCUUUGUCCAGUAAAUACUCCAACCUUAUAUGGACAACAACACCUGACCAUGCCAGGAAUUUGAAAGAGAUCUCAGAAGACAGUUUUGUUGACGCUGUUAAUGAUGCAUUUUGGCAUGACCGUGACAGAAAUGAUCUGGUGGUGAAGGCAGGAGAAAUGUUCCAAAGAGUGUUAGAUACAGCAGGUGGUACAUUCCAGCAGUUGCCGCCAUCAGUUGUGGGUGUACAACCAAACAGUAGGGCCUCCUUCCCGCUCGUCAUGACACAUGCCUCCAAUUACGUGCUUCACAGGGUCGCAUUGCUGGGAGAUGCUGCACAUAGAAUCCAUCCUCUAGCAGGUCAAGGGGUCAACUUGGGAUUUGGAGAUGUGGCUUGUCUACGUGACCUCCUGGCAGAGGCCGUUUCCAACGGUAGUGAUGUGGGUUCCCUGCUACAUUUGACCCAGUAUGAGACAAGUCGACAGCGAGUAGUAAUUCCUGUCCUGACAACCAUUGAUGGUCUACAACGGCUCUACUCUACGGACUUCACACCAGUCGUCCUCCUCAGAUCACUUGGCCUCCAGGCUACAAACUCCAUGGGUUUUGUCAAGGACUACAUCAUGAAAGGGGCAUCUGGCUGAUGGAAAAGAUGAAGUUUAUUGCAAUAUGGAAUUCUCCAAUCUAAAAUUGUAGUCAGUGUGUAUUGUUAUUGUUAAACUUAAUAAAAUUUUACAACAUA